AUGUAUGCACCCAAGUUGACGACUUUGAAAUUGAGCGCCUUUCGGAAUAUCACCGGUAUCACGUAUCGCGACGGUCCGAUUGACAGAUCCAUGGAGCUCGGGUUAGGCGGUCUUGAGUCUCUCGACGCAUUUUUCAAGGAACCGCAACUCAGCGUUGACCAAGUCUACAUCUACAACUCAGGCAAAGUCAAACGUCUUCAGAUUGGCGCCGCGAAGAUUGGCACGCUGAAGUUCGACUAUGUCUCGUACGGAGGGCCAAACAAUCUCACGCUGGUGCUGGGCGGAUCAGAUAUUACUGAACAGACAAUUGGCAGCAUUAAAACAACGUACAGCCUCAACGGCAUUGAGCGGCUAGCAAACCUCAAGACGUUGAGUAGUAUCGAGUCUCCGAUAAUGGUGAGAUGGUACGGUCGUGGUAUUGGCCCCAGCCAGAUAUGGGACAAAGUUACCUGA